UACCACAGGCCCCGCACUGGACAUUAUCCAUUAUAGGAGCAAAAUAGCAAAGACAAAGCAACCUCACAAAUUAUUAAAGUACAAAACAUCAAGCAACCUCCAAAAGAUUGCUAACUUUUAAAACUAAUUUAAUCUUAUCCCAGGAUUUCAAGGGAAGAAAAGAACCCCAGAUCCAUCCACCAUUCCAACUCCUUGACUCUCAGCUCUGCUCAUUCAAUCCAGGUUUUGAUAUUGAUUGGUGUAGUUGAUUUGCUGCUUUUAAGAGUCAGUGAAAUCUCUAGGGCUAUUUGGGUUCAUGGGGGGAAGGAGUUCUAAGGAGGGCAGUAGGAGGCAGACUUCUUCAUUUGGUUCAACUUCAUCCUCAUGGGAUUCUCAUUAUGAAUAUCCUCAGUCAACAUAUGGUCAACAGAGUCGGGGUUAUAAUUAUAUGCCACAGCAGAACUAUGCCACACCCCAGUAUUACCCGCCUCCACCUCAACCUCAACCUCCACCUCCACCUCCACCUCCACAGCAGAAUUAUGCCACACACCAGUAUUACCCGUCUCCACCUCAACCUCCACCUCCUCAAGGUUACAGUGUUGAUAAAAGGAAAUUAGAGAGGAAGUAUUCAAGAAUUGCAGAUAACUAUAAUUCCUUAGAAGAGGUGACUGUUGCACUUGCACAUGCAGGCCUUGAAUCUUCCAAUCUCAUUGUAGGUAUUGAUUUCACAAAGAGUAAUGAGUGGACAGGUGCAAGGUCAUUCCAUAGAAAAAGCUUGCAUCAUGUUGGCGAGGGACUAAAUCCUUACGAGCAAGCAAUAUCUAUUAUUGGAAAAACAUUAGCUGCCUUUGACGAGGAUAAUAUGAUUCCCUGUUAUGGAUUUGGAGAUGCAUCAACACAUGAUCAAGAUGUCUUCAGUUUCCUCCCAGAUGAGAGAUUCUGUCAUGGAUUUGUGGAAGUCUUAAGCCGUUAUAGAGAAAUUGUUCCUCAUCUACGGCUUGCAGGACCCACCUCUUUUGCUCCUAUCAUUGAAAUGGCAAUGACUAUUGUCGAGCAGAGUGGUGGCCAGUACCAUGUGUUGCUGAUAAUUGCAGAUGGGCAGGUAACUAGAAGUGUUGAUACUGAGCAUGGACAGCUGAGUCCACAAGAGCGGAAGACUGUUGAUGCCAUUGUACAAGCUAGCAAGCUUCCUUUGUCAAUUGUAUUGGUCGGGGUUGGAGAUGGGCCUUGGGACAUGAUGAAGCAGUUUGAUGAUAAUAUCCCUUCUCGAGCAUUUGAUAAUUUCCAGUUUGUGAACUUCACUGAGAUUAUGUUAAAGAAUACUUCUCAAACACGGAAAGAGACAGAAUUUGCAUUAGCUGCAUUAAUGGAGAUUCCCUCGCAGUAUAAGGCCACAAUAGAGCUUAAUAUUCUAGGCGCUCAGAAGGGAAAUAUCCCUGAGAGAGUUCCUCUUCCUCCCCCAGUAUAUGGUGCAAAAUCUUUUAGCAGCUCAAAACCUUCCUGGUCUACCAGUUUUCAACCAUCAAGGUCUACAAGUUUUCAACCGUCCCCCACUAAAAGUUUCCAAACAAGUGUGCCUCCUUAUCCUGGAGACAGUGAACCUGUCAGCACAGCUCCAGCUGCUACAAGUUCUACAUAUGAUAGUCAGCUUUGCCCCAUUUGUCUUUCCAACUCAAGGGACAUGGCAUUUGGUUGUGGGCAUCAGACCUGUGAAGAUUGCUCAAGGAAUAUCGAAACAUGCCCUAUUUGUCGAAGUUCAAUCCAAACCAGAAUAAAGCUGUACGUGUGACUCUUUUUUUUUUUUUUCUCUCUCUCUCUCUUUGUUGAUAUUCAUUGUAAUUUGUUAUCGGAAAAAUUGUGAAUAUUUAUUGUCACAAACCUAACAGUAUGUAAAUAGCUUUGGGAUGCUGAUUGGCCGUUUUAUUUUAUUUUUUUCUUCAUUUUCCUUCAAACCAAACGGUACCUAUUUUCAGUUAGACCUAAUAAACAGGUCAUGUUUGG